CCACCACAUGGUGGAUUUAUCUGUACUAAUUGUUUAAGGCAAGGAGCAAUAUGAAAGAUGAAAUCCUUUUUGGAAGUGGGAGGUGUGAGGUGGGUCUUGCAGAGUUUCAGUAAUCAUGCUAACCUUUUCCUUCACUCCCUCUCAUCAAUUCUGGCAUCAACACGCCACCACACUCCAAACCCACCUCCCAAAACAAUAAAAAACUAUACCCGAAAGUGAAAAAGGAAAACUUGAUGCUGUUUUCACUCAUGAAGCUUUUCCCUUUCCUUCUUCUCCUCCCUGUUUUCUUCUACAAUUAUGCUUUUUCUGAGUCUGGUGUUGGUGUUGGCUACCAGCUCAUGGUGGCAGUUCCUGUGGAGUAUGAAAUGGACUUCAAAGGGAGGGCUUUUCUCGUGGAGACCAAUCAGACAGCACCAAAUUUCAGAGUAGCAUUGAGCAUUGAGGCCAUCAAUGGGAAAUACUCAUGCUCAUUGGAAGUUUUCCUUGGGAAUGUGAAAGUUUGGGAUUCUGGCCAUUACUCCAGGUUUUACAUCACUGAGAAAUGCUUGCUAGAGCUCACUAUGGAUGGAGAUUUAAGACUGAAAGGUCCAAAAGACAGAGUGGGAUGGAAGACUGGGACUUCUGGACAGGGGGUCAAGAGAUUGCAGAUACUGAGAUCAGGCAACCUAGUGCUUGUAGAUGCAGGAAACAAUAUAAAGUGGCAAAGUUUCAAUUUUCCAACGGAUGUUAUGCUCUGGGGUCAGCAACUUGAUAUAGCAACUCGAUUAACAUCUGCCCAAAGCAACUCAAGUUUGUUCUACUACUCUUUUGAAAUUGAGGACAAGAAGGUUGCUAUGUAUUUGAACUAUGGUAAGUUGAGGUAUUCCUACUGGGGUUUUCAGCCUUCCAUGAAUAGAAGUAUUACAUAUGUUAAGCUGAGUUCAAGAGGGCUGGUGUUGUUUGAUGUCAAGUACAAGAAAAUAGCACAGAUUCCAUCAAAAGGGGUUCAACCGCUAAGAUUUCUAGCACUGAACAAUGAUACAGGAAACUUUGGACUCUAUUACUAUUCACCUGAGAAAGGUAAGUUUGAGGCAUCUUUUCAAGCACUCAACAGCACAUGUGAUCUUCCAAUUUCUUGUAGACCUUAUGGGGUAUGUACAUUCUCCAAUUCCUGUUAUUGUAUUCAGCUUUUGACAAAUGAAAACAAGGGUGGUGCUGAUUGCAGUGGGCAAAUUUCAGGAGGGUUUUGCAAUGGCAAGGAGGCAGAAAUGCUAGAACUUGAUAACAUAAGUAGUGUGCUUAAAAAUGUAACUAAAAUGGUGAAUAUUAGCAAAAAAGAAUGUGCAGAUUUGUGCUUACAGGACUGUAAAUGUGCUGCUGCUUUAUAUUUUAGAAACGCAAGCACAGAUACAGCAGAAUGUUAUCUUUACAGACUGGUGCUGGGUCUGAAACAAGUAGAUAAAGGCACUGGAUUUAACUACAUGGUUAAGGUCCCAAAGGGAACUGGUAAAAAUCAUGAGAGGCAUAACGUGAAAAGAUGGGUGUUGGUUGUGGCUGGAGGGGUUGAUGGAUUCAUUAUUCUACUUCUUGUUGGAGGGUUUGGUUACUGGUUAGUUAGAAGAAGAACUCAUACCUUGCAUUCUCAGACCAGCACUACGUAGCUGUUGAGCAAAGCAUGGCCCAGGUUUUAUUUCUCAGUUCAAUUGUGAAAAAACAAAAACAAAACACAAGUAGAGAAAAAUCAUUCAUUGAAACAUGUAAACACAAUUUUGGUUGAUUUCAGGAGAAUGACAUGACAGAUUAUCCAAGUAAAUUGGAUUUUUUUUUUUUUUAUGAGGAGGACAAAAUGUUGCAUAUUUGCAGCAUAGAGAAAAUUUGUUUUUCAAUGAUGGAGAAAUAGAAAUGUAAACUUUUGGAACCUCAAUUUUUAUAGUCCAAAUACUAGUUUGGCUUCUCCAUGAAUCUUGACAAUGGAUUUUCUGACCAGUUGAUUAUCUU